AUGUAUUUAAGGCGAAGUACGACAGUGAAAUACGUGAUAGCGGCCUUUAUUGGGGCUGUUAUCUAUUGCGAAUGGUUUGUCUACAUCAUACAGCAACAGUACUGGACAGAAUUGGAAUGCAAUGACCAUGACGCAACUUGUAAAAAAAUUUUGUUCAUAGCUGAUCCUCAAAUUCAAGGAGAUGAAGCCGUCCCACCUCCUUUAAGUUACCUCUUUAAUUGGGACAGUGAUCGUUACCUGAGGUCAACAUUCAAAGUGGUAGUGGAGUACUUGAAGCCGGAUAUCCUGGUGUACCUAGGUGACCUGAUGGAUGAAGGCUCCAUUGCUACCAUGCCACAGUUCCAUGGCUAUGUCAAGAGACUGGCUAGUAUAUUUGAAUGGGACUAUCCUGCCGUGCAAGUCUGGAUACCAGGUGACAACGACAUUGGCGGUGAGAACGAACCAAUCCGUUACGAUAAAAUAGAAGAAUUUGAAAAAGUGUUCAAACAGCCGUCCAUUGUAGUAUAUUCCAAUAUCUCAUUUUACAAAGUAAAUGCCAUUACUUAUACAUUCCCACAAAAGGCUGAUGAGAUUCCUGGCUCGGAGAUGAACUUCAAGAUUGCUGUGUCUCACUAUCCAGUUACUGAGAAAUCUAUGUUUGCAUACCAGAUAAUGAAAGCUAUAAACCCUAACAUAUUUUUCUGCGCUCACGACCAUGAGUCGAAGUAUGUGAAGCAGAAUAAGAACCUUGGUCACAGGAAGACGGUUUGGUUAAAUGGACCGAAUCCAACCCUUAAUAUAUCCUUCGAUGAGGAGUCUCUGUAUGAGGUGUUCGUGCCAACCUGCUCAUAUAGGAUGGGCACCAGCUCCAUUGGGUAUGGUGCUGCUGUUCUAGAAAACAACCAACAAAACAUGAGAUAUACUGUAUUUUGGUCGCCAACGAGGUUUCCCUGCUUAAUUCUCUAUUUAUCUAUGCUGGUAAUACUGCUUUUGUACUGCCUAGUGUUCUGUGUUGCCAGACUUUGUCACAGAAAGUCCACAUUGGGAGCUAAAAGUGGCGAUAUGUCUCCAUUACUACAACGAAUUUAG